AUGUUUGUACCAAGACGAUGUUCACAACAACACAUUAGCUUCUUUAUAGCAAGAAUUGUGGAAAUGUCUAUCUCUAAUACCAAGAGACCUUAUGGUAAUCUCAAGCUCGAGCUCUUAGAUGAACAAAAACAAGAAAUUAGAGAAGCAUUUGCUCUCUUUGACAUGAAUAACGACGGGUGCUUGGAUUAUCACGAAUUGAAAGUCGCAUUCCGUGCGUUAGGGUUUGAUUUACCUAAGCGUGAAGUUCUUGAUAUAAUCCAUGAAUACGAUACGGAGAACAGGAAUCUAAUCACGUACGAGAAUUUUUUCCAGGCAGUUGGAGAGAAAAUAGUCAAUAGAGACCCAUUGGAGGAAAUAAAGAGGGCUUUUAAAUUAUUCGAUGAUGAAGGUACCGGAAAAAUAAGCAUAAGAAACCUUAGAAGAGUGUCUAAGGAGUUGGGAGAGAACUUAUCUGACGAUGAACUUAGAGCGAUGAUAGAAGAAUUUGAUUUAGAUGGAGAUGGAGAAAGUACGUAUAAAGAGACUCAGGAAAACUGA